UUGGAGAGCUUCCGUGGACGAGCACGCGUUGGCGCCAACAAACGUUCUGAGGAUCCUCGAGCCAUCGCUUAGGUCUCGCUGCCGCUUCGACGAGAACCUGGCACCGCUGGAGGCGGCGGGCAUGGUGGACCUGGUGGACGGCGAGGUGGAGCUCCUGCCCGGGCUCCGGCUCCUGCCCUGCCCCGGCCACACGCCGGGCCACCAGGCCGUGCGCAUCGACGGGGGCGCCGGGCGCGUCGCGUACUUCGUCGGGGACGCCCUGCACCAGGCGCAGCAGAUCCUGGAGCCCGGCCUGUGCCCCGUCCCGGCGGCGCGCAGGAGGCCUCUUCGCGUGCGAGCCCUCUUGGAUCGGGCCUCCCGCGAGGGCGCCCUGCUGCUGUCGCCGCACCUGCCCUUCCCCGGCUGCGGCCGCGUCCGCGCGGAGGGGGGGGGCCGCUUCCUCUGGCGCCCCGCGGGGCCGGGCGGGGCGGACUCGCCGGGCGCCGACGCCGCGUCGAACACAG